AUGGAUGAAAAAGUCACACCAAAUUCUGGGGCAGGGGGUUCAGAUGUAGCACCUGACACAGGUCCUGUCAAAGAACAGGAGCUCGAAGAGGUGCUCGCGGAAGACACCGUAUUGAUCAUUGGAGGCGGUCCAGUGGGAAUGAUGACUGCGACCGUCCUGGCUUUCUACGGGAUCAGAUCUGUUGUGCUCGAACGCAACUUCACCACCACUCGAUGGCCCAAGAUGGACCUCACCAAUAUUCGAUCCAUGGAAUUCUUCCGAAAGCUGGGUCUUGCUGAAGGCCUCCGGGAGCGAGGUGUCCCUUCUCACAUCCCCUAUACGGUACUCAUAUCCAGUGGGCUGAGCCAAGAUUCAGCCAUCACGCAGUGGAAUCACCCUAGUGUCGACGAAUACCGGCAGAUGAUUGCCGAAAGAAAUGAUGGCACGAUGCCUCGAGAGCCGUGGCAACGCAUCUCGCAAGAAAUAUUCGAGGCGUGGCUAAAACAACUGUCAGAAGCCAACGAUUUGAUCGACUUGCGCUUUGGCUGGAAGCUCGAGACCACUCAGGAGACAGGAGAAGGCGUCGAAGCGACCGUGACUGACCUCAACUCGUCCAAAACAGUGAGGUUCAGGUCCAGAUACGCCGUUGGAUGCGACGGGGCUUCCAGUCGAGUGCGCCGAAACUUGAAUAUAUCACUUGACGGUGGCCCGGUGCCUGGAUUUGUGCUGCUAGUACACUUCAAGUCCAACGACCUCGCAAGGCUUCACAAGCAAGGCCGGUUCUGGCAUCUAUUCAUGGCUGGCGAGCACGAUACCUUCACCACGCAUCUUUUCUUACCGAUGGACGCCGACGAGUCCGCCAUUGGCACCGAAGAAGCAGUCUAUCGUGUACUAGGGGGAAUGUACCAGCCAUACGAAGUGAAGAUCGACCAGGUAUUAGUACGUUCGACCUACAGACCUAGCGUGGCAGUCGCUCGCCAGUAUUCCAGUCCCCAAGGAUGGAUCUAUCUAGCGGGCGACUCUGCUCAUCAAAACAUUCCCACCGGCGGAUACGGUAUGAACAUGGGCCUAGGAGACGCGUAUGAUAUUGGCUGGAAGCUGGCGGCGGUGUUACAAGGGUGGGCAGGCAAGGGAGUCCUACAGUCCUACCAAGAGGAGCGUCGACCGGUCGCUCUGACCAACGUGGAGCGGUCAGGGGUACACAUGGCGGUGCAUGGCGCCGUACCCAACAUUCUGAAGGGGUUCGCCCACGAGCUCGAUGCUGACACUGACAAAGGGCGCCAGCUGCGGCAAGAAAUCCACCAGCAUUACCAGGCUAACGAUGGCGAGAACACGGACCGUGGCAUCGAGAUGGGCUACCGGUACAAGUCUACAAUCACGAUCCCCGACACAACGACGAAAGAACCCAAUUGGACGGCGCACGAGUAUGUCCCUACGACCUGGCCGGGGAGUCGGCCACCGCAUGUCUUUCUCAAGGACGGCAAGACCGCCAUCUUCGACUUAUUGGGCAAGUACUUUACGCUGGUCCACUUCAUAUCCGGAGACACCGACACAGCUGGACAUGCAGAGUACUUUGACGAGGCGGCCAAGACGAUGGGAAUCCCCUUUGAACAUGUUAUCUUCAAGAACGAAGAACACGCCCGUGCGUUAUGGGAGCGGAAUCUGGUGCUUGUCCGACCCGAUGGUCAUGUAAGUUGGAGGGCCAAUGCCAUUUCUCAUCGGUCCACAGCGUUUCAUGUUCUGGAAGUGGCAGUUGGGCACCAUUUAAAUGAGGCCAAUAGCACAAUUGCUCAGCAGAAGACUGGCGUUGAUGGGGAAGCGGACAACGAACCGGGAAAGGAGCAACCAAGAGAAUUCACCCUGGUCGGAGAGGUCAAGAGUCAAGACAGUGAGUAUCAACUGGACAAGAUGGGCGAGUUCCAGAAGUGA